UCACCAACCCCCCACCCCAGCUCACUCACUCACUCACUCUCACACACCCACUUUACUUCCUCCACUCUUCAGGUCACAUCGGCAGCUGCUAGCCAAGUAGCCAAGCCAACGAAGAGAUCGAGAAAGCGAGAGCGUAGCAAGAAGGUGGCAUCAUGGCGACGGCGGUGCAGUGGCCGGUGAUGGUGGUGGUGGUGAUGAUGGGGGCGGUGAUGGCGGCGCGCGUGGGGGCGGACAUGGACGCGGACCGGAGCGAGUGCGCGGAGCAGCUGGUGGGGUUGGCGCCGUGCCUGCAGUACGUGCAGGGGCAGGCGCGGUCGCCGGCGCCGGACUGCUGCGGCGGGCUGAGCCAGGUGCUGGACAAGAGCCCCAAGUGCCUGUGCGUGCUGGUCAAGGACAAGGACGACCCCAACCUGGGCAUCAAGAUCAACGCCUCCCUCGCGCUCGCCCUCCCCUCCGCCUGCCGCAACACCAAGGCCAACGUCUCCCACUGCCCAGAGCUGCUGCACCUCCCUCCGAACUCCAAGGACGCCGCCAUCUUCAGCCCCGGCGGCGACAAGGGCUCCGCUGCAGCUCUAGCCAAGGACAACACGGCGUCGACGGCCAACUCCCGCGCGCAGCAGGCGGCCAGCGCCGGCACCGCCUCCUCGACGGCGACCGCCGGCGUCGCACUGGCGGCGUUGCUCGCCGGCUACCUUGCGCUGCUCCUGCCCGCUGACUUCCUGGCCGCCGCCUCCUCCUUCUAGUCCAUCUCCGUACGUGCGCGUCUGUCUCCUCCCCCCUACGGCGCUACCGAAGAUCGAUCAGGAGCAGGGGAGCCAGGAACCAGUGACUCUGUUUGGGGGAAUGAAAUGCCUCAAGUAGGAUCGAUCAUGCAUGUUGUAGUAUGUGACAGAGAUGGUAGUGGUGGUAGUGGUUGGUUUGUUUUGGUGCUGUAUUGAACUCUUAUGUUUUCGCUGUAUGGAUGACGCAAUAAUUCCACACUUACGGAUGCGGCUA